CUUGAUAAACUUCCUCUGCCUCAUGGUGGUGGAUUUAAAUUCCAAACUUACCCUUUCUUAGUCAAGAGAGGAAAGGAAAAGGAAAGAAAAAAGGAAAAAGCAAGAGAAUUUGUUCAUCAUCAAUGAUCAUUUGUAUAUUCCCAUUACAAGAACAAUGAUGGUGACUUUUUAAAAAGAAAAAACAAAUAAAUCCAAAGGCACCGAUGUAUGGUCAAUUUAGCAACCGUUGUUGAGGGAACGACUCGGUCAGCCAAUAAGAUUAAACCACGCUACUAAGAAUACAAAGGCUUAAUUAUGUCGGGUCUACCAUAAGCUGUGUUUUGCUUUACCAAAGCAGAGCUACAUUAUCCGAGGCAAAGAAGCAGAGCAGAAGAAGAAGAAGGGGAGGCAGGCGAAAGAGUUAAAAGGGUGAAAAAUGGGUCUGCUUACAAACAGAGUAGAGAAAAAUGAGAUCAAACCAGGAGAUCAUAUUUAUACUUACAGAGCUGUUUUCGCCUAUUCUCACCAUGGUAUCUUUGUUGGUGGAAGCAAGGUGGUUCAUUUUAGACCUGAACGUAACUUAGAUUCCAGCAUUGAGACAUCUUCUGAUCUAUAUGAUCCUAUAUCCCCCGGAUCAUCUUGUCCAACUUUUCCUGAUUGUGGCUUCCGGCAGCCAAACAGUGGGGUAGUACUCUCAUGUCUGGAUUGCUUCCUUCGAAAUGGAUCUCUCUACUGCUUCGAAUAUGGGGUGACCCCAUCCGUUUUCCUUGCCAAAGUGCGUGGAGGCACAUGCUCCACAGCAGUGUCUGACCCUCCUGAAAUGGUUAUCCAUCGGGCCAUGUAUCUUCUUCAAAAUGGAUUUGGAAAUUAUGACAUAUUCCAGAAUAACUGUGAGGACUUUGCACUGUAUUGCAAAACUGGUCUUCUGAUUAUGGACAAUCUAGGGGUUGGAAGAAGUGGUCAGGCCUCUUCUAUUAUUGGUGCCCCCUUGGCCGCUCUUCUUUCUUCUCCACUAAAGUUGUUGAUGCCAAGUCCUGUAGGUGUAGCAACAGUUACAGCUGGGAUGUACUGCAUGAGCAGGUUUGCAACAGAUAUAGGUGUUCGAAGUGAUGUGACCAAGGUGGCAGUCGAGGAUUUGGCUGUGAACCAAGGCUGGGCGGGGCAUCAUGAUGAAGCAGCAGAAGAAAAUGAGGCUUCUAACAGACAACUUGUGACAUUGUGACAUGAUGUGAAUUUCUUGUGCAUGGGAUGCUGCUGGGUACAUACUUCAUUUUCCAGCACAAUAAAUCAUUAGCUGAGAUCUUGAUUGAACUCAUAAUGUGAUUCUCUCCUCCAAGUCUCUCUCUGCUCAUAACUUUUAUCAUUUUUUUAGACUACUUUCUAGCUGUUUAAAUUGUGUUGUAUUCAGAAAGAACUCGAACUAAAGAUUAAAUGAAGCCAGUGACGGUGGUUGCUUGUUAUUUAUUCUUUCAUACCUAAGGUGAGUAUGAGGUGUAUAAAAGUGUGCAAAUAAUGUUUUCCUAACAUAUAUAUAUUGAUUCUAGUAUCUUUCAUACUUAGGCAUUUUGAAUUGAAAUUAAGUUGAUGGUAUUGGAGAUAAAGCAAUCAAUU